AUGCAGCAGCACUUCUUUCCCUCGGACGUGUGCCAGGCGCAUGAAUCUCCGUAUCCAAUGGCGAUAGAUGUGCGCCACCGGAACCACAGAUUAUGCCAUGUAUCCCCAACCGUGCUCUCCAUGUGGGAAGACACCUUUACGGGCCUAUUCAAGUUCCACGCGCGUUGGCUGGUGCACUCGUCAGAUCUCCCUGAAGAUGCCUUCGCCCGGCUCCAGGCGGCUCGUCGUGCUUUCGCAGGAGAGUGGAGCGAGAGUGGCAGUGACAGCGGUCCCGACCACCCUGCUAAGUCUGACGACAUGGAGUGGAAACAAGAGGACGAAGAGAGCGGUGACGACGACGACGACGACAACGACAGCGACUCAACAGGCAAGGACCAACAACCCUUCGGCGCGCCGCCCAGGAAAUCGGCUCGACGUAAGAAGCCGCUCCUGGCGAAUGAUGAUGAUGAUGACGAUGACGGGAAGGGGGUCAAGAGACGCGCUUCCGGCUCUUCUUCCUCCCCUGUUUCUGGUACGCCGCCUACCCUAAACUCGCGUCUGUCGCCUCGCAGCACAACUCAUGCGAAGCGACCGCGUCGCCUGGCCAUGCCUCCCGUCGAAGGCAAUCCUUCGUUGUCGGCUCGCCUGGAUUCAGAAAAUACCGAUCAAUCCCUACCUCCCACUGCUGCCGACUCCGGGGUCACUGGCAAGGACCGCCGCCCCAAUCGCGUGCGCACCGCUUCCGCGGGAGCGGCAGAAGGGACUCCUCCCGGGGCGACGCCAUCGCCGCCGGGUUCUGAGGAAGGCCCCGCCUCAUCAGUAAAGCGCCGACUGUCAAUUGCGGGGAAGAGAAAGAGGGGCCGACCGGCUAAGACCGCCGUGGAGGAAUCCGACUACCCUCCCCAACGUACUCUUGUCGGCGACGGCUACCAGGCUGAUAUUCCGGACCUGCUACCAGCAGGCGAAAGGCAGGCCGCUGCGCCUACCGCCGCGGGGACCGGCGCCAAGAUGGUCUGGCGAAGCAUUCGUGACUGGGAUCCACACUCCCGCGGAAUGCUGUCCUCGUACCUCGAGGCAGCGAAGAAGGCGGUCCAGGCGAAACAGUCUCGCCCAGGCGUGGCCAUCCACGUGCGCCUCGGCGGCGAGGGUGACAAGGGCGGGACCCCGGGAGACAAGUCCAGCGUUGCCAGCAGCUACGCUGUCUGGGCGGUCACCGCCGGCCGCAACGCAGGCAGCAACGCCCGCGGCGUUGCGCGAGUCGGCUGCUCGGAAAUGGCCCAGACGGAGGUCCCCAUGUCUGCCAUUCAACGGGUGCAGUGUGAGGAAGAGGCCCUGGCUGCCUUGGUCAAGGCCAGGUGCACCCUGGACGACUUCGACCCGGCCCUAAAAAUUCUCGUAGGCGACGAGGCAUCGCCGGAGAGCAUUCAACCUUGGACCCUCCAACAGGUGAGAACACUGGAGCAAGCCCUCGCAAAGGAUUACAACCGGGACAGGCGGCUGCACGGGUGGGCUCGAGAAGGGAUGGACAUGGACCGCGAGGAUUUCAUCGACCUUGCCGACGUCAGCAAGCAGGUCUCUGGCAAAAGCCCGACGCAGGUGCUUUGUUUCUUCUACAGAUACCUUGCGACGGCGGAGCCCCUUACGGACGUUGUCUACGGGGAGGAGGCGGCUGAAGCACGAAAACGCGAAGCCAUCCUCCCUACUGGCAGCCCUGGGCGCCCUGCCCGAGAGUCGAACAACUCAACAUUCAGGCCGGCCGCCAAGCACAUGAGCUUGGCCAACCCUUCCAGCGACAGCGUAAGCGCCGCGACAUACGAUCCCCCGGCUGACCGCAAGUCAAGCACUCACGCAGUCCCUCUGCUUCCUGCCUCUGAAGCCAAGGGCCGCUUAAGGGAGCGGGAAGAUGUGAGGCCACCGAAGCACACGGUUUCUCCCCCGAUGCGUAGCACCGUGUCUCCUGCCGUGGACCACGCCCCGCGAAGCCACGGUCCUGCCGGUGCCAAUGGUAACGUUGGUGGUGAAUACGAGCGUCAGCGGGCAGCCGCCAGGGAGCAAAUGAGGCGGACGCCGAGGGAUAUGCCCCCGGGCGUCGAGGUGCUAGAGGUGGACGACAGCGAUGACGGAGCAGAGGUUGCUAGAAGGGCCCCAAGGGGAUCGGUGUUCCAUGCCGCUGGCUCCGCGGCACAAGCGGCAACAGCGCGUGGGCACCACCCCAGCACCGGGGGGCGAGGAUGGCACGCAGCUGCUCAUGCGCGGGAGAUGUCGUGGGGCCCCAGGCCGAUACGCCCCCGUCCGGUCCCACCAAUGAUGUCGGACGCAGCGGCGGCAGCAGACCAACGGCGCUACCUUCCGACGGCAGCUCGACCGGUGAUCCCCCCGAACUCGCACGGCCGCCGCACAACCGUCGCCAUGCCGAGGCAUGCGGGCCAGCAGCCACCGCGGCCACAGCAGCAGCAACAACAACAACAGCAGCACCCCUACCAUAUCCGCCGCGAGGUUGGUGAUGACCGUAUGGGCAGAUACUCGGCCGCGUACGAAGACAGGCGCGAAGAAUUAUUGGAGCAAGACGUAUUCGGGUUCAUGGGUCCGUGCUGGAGUCUGCUGGAGAGGGCACAAGCGUACUUGGACCAGGACCAGCUCGUGUAUAUGAGAGGUCUCAUCCUCAGGCACGUCGAAAAGCCCAUGACUCGUGCCCAGCUACUGGAGAGAGCCGAGAGCUGCCUAGCGGAACAGCGGCAGGUUUUCGCCGCCUUCGUCAAGACGUUCGACCGCGUCGAUCUCAUCCACGCCGAAGCUCCACCGGUGCCCUUCUACCCAGCCAUGAAAACAGCCCGUGACGAUCCGCCCGAGUCGGUGUCGUACAGGGGGAGGAUGCACGCCCACGCGGACGACGGCGGGGUACAGCCACCUUUCCCCUAUUCCCGAGUACCUGCUGCGGUUCCUCGCGAAUACGCGGUGCCCCCCGGUGCCUCGGCCGCGAGGGCACGGCCCAACGAAACCUACCGUCGCGUUGCCGCGGCGGCGGGAGUGGAUGCCCGCCGUGAGAGACAGCCGAUGCCGCAGUACGCGGGUGUGUGGGGCAAGAGUGUCGGCAGGGGGUACCAGAACGAUGAAGCUGUCCCGCCUCAUCGGCUGGCCGGUGCCCCUUACCGCCAUCCCUCUCCUCCCCGUGGCCCAGCCUCUGCGGCAAGGCCCGGGAUGAUGUAUCGAGAGGAUGGGCGAGAUCGGGAAGCGAGAAUAGUGAGAAGCUGGCCACAACAACGGCAGCAGCAGAGGUCGUAUGAGUGGCGGACGGAUGGCCCUUCUUCCUCUUCAGCACCUCCUGUGCCACCCGAGGCGCAUGCGUCUGGGCGGAGGGUGUCGGAAUGGCGACACGGUAGGGCAGGUGGCUGGAGCUAAAAUAGGAAGCAUCGAAACAAAUGCUUGGCGCCGUUUCACUUCACCCCAAUUUUCGUUUUUAUGGUGUCUCCAAGCGAAAGGUUAUUUUCUUCCAUCUUUUAAGGUUCUGCGCAUCGUCCUUGUUGAUUCAUGAUGAUCGACCACGUAUUCGUUAUUUCAUUAUUUGAGUACAUAGAAUUUUCACUACGUCUGUUUUACGACUAGAUCCUGCGUAUAGUAGCGUGCUUCUAUUCCGUCUGCUA